GAACUCGGCCACUUCUGCUUCCCGGCGAGCCUGACGGACGUGAAGUCGACCAUGACGGCGGCCAAGUCGAGGGUUGGCCAAUAUGAGGCGGGAGGCAGCCUGGAGAUUCCCCAGAGGACCCGUGCUAUGGCCGCCCUGGGGUGUUUGGUUGGUGGCUUCGCUGGCCAGAGUUGCUUGGUUUGGCUCAUGGAAGCAGGCUGCCUGCAGUCUAUUUUCACAGGAGGCACCUUCGCGUUCAG